AUGGACGCUAGGCGUAGUCUCACCUGCAAGCAAGUGAGCGACCACUGCGACCAUCACGUGGACCCACCGCUGACACCCCUACACCCCCUAGGAAAGACCCACUACUCGAAACAAUCGCAUGGUCCUCCUUUGAUUAGUCGCUUUCGUCCUUGGGUUACCGUAACGACCUUUAGGAGGGCACUAGUGAUCAUCAUCGUGGCUUUAAAGGCAUUGGUUUAGGCCAAGUCCACCACAUUGUUGUAUUUUCUUAGACAAUCUGCAACCAACGGGGGUUCCAAGGGUGUUCGUCUAUCUUUCCAUUAAUAAAACUUAACUGAAUAACAAAUUAUAGUUAGAUCUAGAAGGCUUUUGAUAUACUAAGGUUAGGAUAGACGUCCCGGAGGUCGGAGACUUAGAUCUAAUUCCUCGUUUGUGGUCCGGUCCAUGCUUCUUCUCCGUCUCUUUUGACGCAUAUUAGGCUCUUUUAACUCAGCUUCUCUACCCUUUAAGGAUUUGAGCCAGAUAGAAUGGGCCUGCAAGGAGUUGUAUACAACAUCCGACUCGGUCGUCCGCGCUCAAGCCGAAAAGACUUGUACCAGUUUGUGCGAAAGGCCAGAUUGUGUAGCAACUUGUCAGGCGCUUCUUCAGCGUGCCAAUGUAUGUAUUCUCCAUUUCCCUAAUUGCGAUUUUUAGUCAUGCUAUUCCCAGUUUAUAGCCGCCACAGCGCUCACCCGAUUCAUCUCAAAUAAAGACGCUGUGCUCCAUGUAAAUACAAGACUGGAAUUACGUGAGUUUUGACAAAAAGUCUUAUUGCUAA